AGCUGACUGUAGGUUCUGCGUUUGAUUCAGUUCGGGUUUUCUACGGUUAGGUGUGUUAUUACAGAGGGCUGUUGAAAAUAUGACAGAAAACGCUGCGACGUGAUCAACAGUGUAUUUUAAAAUAGUUUUUUUAACUGCUUUGUAGUACAGAAAAAAAAGGUGUAUUUUAAAUUGUAGAGAGAAUUUAACAAAACAUCGGACAUUCUUAAACACUUACAUUAAGUUAUUUCGUCAUGGACGAAGCAAUGGCGAUUAUUUUGAUAUCCAUUGUGAUGUUUUUGGGAUGUUUUCUAUUAGGUUUGAUUCCACUUUUGAUCAAACUUUCUGAGAAAAGGCUGCAGUUUGUCAGUAUUUUCGGGGCAGGCCUGCUCUGUGGUACUGCUCUAGCUAUCAUCCUCCCAGAGGGGGUGGAACUACUGGAAGAGUCGUGGAGAGUCUCCUCCUGCUCUGUGGCCCCAGUAGCAGCCAAUAAGAAUGCCAGUGACGGUGGGGUCGGAGGUCAGCUCCAGGAGAUGGGCCCCUCCUCUAAAGGUCUCCCAGCACGGUUCUUCAUCGGGGUCUCCCUGGUUCUAGGGUUCAUCCUCAUGUUCCUGGUGGACCAGAUCAGUAGCUACUGCUCCGUACACGAUCAACGUACUGGAACAUCCAACAGGACCACUAUCACAGCUACAGUAGGACUGGUCAUCCAUGCUGCUGCUGAUGGUGUAGUUUUAGGUGUUGCCGUGGUUUCCUCCAAGGUCACAGUUCAACUAGUGGUCUUUCUCGCUGUCAUUCUGCACAAGGCUCCUGCAGCGUUUGGCCUUGCCACCUUUCUGUUGCGCGCAGGUUUAGAGAAGAGGCAGAUUCAGAAGCAUCUCUUGGUGUUCUCUGCUGCAGCACCUGUGCUCUCCAUCAGUACAUAUUUUAUCCUGAACGCGAGUGGAGGUUCAGCCCAGCACCGUCUGAGCGCUACAGGUGUUGGGAUGCUGUUCUCAGCUGGAACGUUCCUCUAUGUUGCUACGGUCCAUGUACUACCAGAGGUCAGCUCCAGGGGGCAGCAGCAGAGCUUUGUAAAUGUAAUCUCUGGGACUGGGCACCUCCACGGGACUGGGACUGGGACUGGGACCGGGCACCUCCACGGGACUGGGACUGGGACCGGGCACCUCCACAGGACUGGGACUGGGCAGCAGGGGGACCUGGGGGUCCUGGAGAGCCUCACGCUGAUACUAGGAGCAGGACUACCUGUGUUACUGGCCCUGGGACUACAUGAUGACUAGUCUUGUGAAUCGACGCUAUCCUGCCAAGUCUCCUUCGUCACUCAAAGGAACAUUGGGAAUGAAUGUGAAGGAGGCCUGAAAAUCGAGACUACAAUACGACUGACAAGUUAAACGCAAAGAAAGACACCACACGAUACCAAGCACACAUUCUUCCAUAGUGUUUCCGUGCCAGAUGCAGUGUGUAUCAGUGUCUUUCUCCGAGAGGUCAAGGAGCUACUGACACUGGCUUGAACAUACAAAAAGUAGGAACAGUGUGUGUGUGUGUGUGUGUGUGUGUGUGUGUCAUGCCAAAUAGUGGGAUCAGAGCGAGAGACAGAGUGAUGUGUGCUUGUCAGAGACUUGGGUAUUUGUGUCGAGCUUUUGUAAUUGUUUCUCUUGCCAAGUUCAAUCUCAGCGGGGACAUUCUGUUGAGUUUGUCUGAAAGAGCAAGAACAUUUCCUGUAAGUGGAGAACUCUUUCCUGUUUCCUCAUAUUUGGCCUUUUGUGCCUCCACUGAACAAAAACAUUUUUUUUAAUGUUAAGACGAAAUCCAAACUGGAUCAGAUUUUAAUCAACUUGCAUCAUAUUUCAUCUUUUGUCAUUUGUAAGAAAGGUUUUUGGCCAGGGGUAUGUUAGGUACUGAAAUAUUCAGGCCAGGUUGUGAAAAGCCUUCAUAAACAUUGGAUGGUUGCCAUAACACUAAAUGAACCACAGUGAUGAUUAUUUUUAUUUUAUUUUUUGUAUUGGAUGUGAUCAUCUUUUUUAGAUUUGAUAAUAAUGGGUUUACAUGAAAUAUUCAGUAAAACACUCUGCUGACAAACCACAGCUCAGAGGACCUUCCAAAUGGACCAAUGACCAUAUCAAGAAGAGACUAACACAUUUCCACAUUGUUUACGAUAGCCAGGACAAUGUUGUCUGGCUACCAGUCUGUUAAGAUAACAUUCUUCUAG